AUGAGAUACCGAAAGAUACGGUCGCUGGACAUCUGUCUGAUUCUCCUGCUCAACGCUGGACAAGUUGCUGCGCAGAUGGAGCCAGCAGUGUGUUACGUUCUGGAUGGGAUUCUGUUUAUUUACGGCGUUGUGUUGACUGUCCUUUACUGCAGAUUAAAGAUGCGUUCCUCUGGAGAUAAAGCUUUCUCAGAGAAGCGAGAAGGGGACAUUUAUGAGGAUCUGGGACGGCAAGAUGUGGACACCUACGACACUCUCCAUCCGGAGAAGAAAAAGCCGCUGGCCUGAGAAACUCUCAAACUGCGUGCCUCUUUCAGUGCUCAUGCCCUAAAAACUGUACUUUUGCUUUGUUUACAAGUAAGCAAACUACACUCAAAAAAAUGCUGGAAACAACCCAUCAUUUUUUAAAGUGUAGCAGAGCUUUGUUGAUCAUGACAUUCUGCUCUAUUAUCAUUGUUUUCAUGUGGCUUUGAGACAAAUGUCACAGUUGAUGUAUAAAAAACAAGUGUAAGGCUCUCAAUUUCGACAUAAUAAAACUAUAUAUUUAACUUGGA